AUGCUACCAAAUAUCACAUUUGGUAGAACGAUGAGCUGGAAUGAAACGAACUCAACCCAUCUGAUUCCGAGCUACUUGAGCCAAGAGGAGUUCUUCGCUUUGCAGAACGGAUCGGAGCUAAAUUCGACGAUCAACGAGACGAUCGGCCACUACGUGCUGAAGACGUGGUACCCGAGCGGGUACUCGCCGGCGCACAUCAUCAUCGCGUCGGUGGUGGUGACGGUGCUCAUGAUAAUGGUGGUGGUGGGGAACAUGUUGGUGAUCAUAGCGAUAGUGACCGAGAAGGCGUUGAAGAACAUACAGAAUUGGUUCAUCGCCUCGCUCGCAGUGUCCGACUUCUUUCUCGGUUUAGUGAUAAUGCCGUUUUCGCUCGCGAACGAACUCAUGGGCUACUGGAUUUUCGGCUUCUGGUGGUGCGAGAUACACUCCGCGAUGGAUGUGUUGUUGUGUACCGCGUCCAUAAUGAACUUGUGCCUCAUAUCUCUCGACCGCUACUGGAGUAUAACUCAGGUGAGGUUUAAUAUUUUUUUUAUUAUCAUUAAAACUGCUCCAUUUGCACCUAAAUUAUUCAUAUUCAACUAA